ACAGCCACUAUUGACACAACUUCAAAUUCUCGCUCGCUCGAAAUAUCCUUCUUAUAAAGGUAGAAGUUGAGUAGAAGAUUGAACUGCUCACACCACAAUACUUAACAGCCACACAGUGACGCUUGAACAAAGAAAACAACGCAGUGAAAAAAUGACCCAAGCGGGAAUCGAACGUAGCCCAUUAUCGACGUACGUGCCUGAUGAAAAGAUCGGAGUAUGAGGCAAUAUUGGCGCCAGUUUGGGGCAGAGCGGAUGCAGGAGAUGGAGAGGGCGUUCUGAUUUCUGCUUUCAUGCUUUCCCCUUGAACGUGAACGCGCAUUUCAGGAUGGAACCGGCUGCAAAGAAACAACAACAUUCAAAGCGAUCAGUUCCCUCCAACGCAAAACAUCUUCCACAUAUCCACCCUCAUGCUCGUCUAGACUCACCCGCAUACGAUGCAUCUGAAGAAGACAACGAUCCGCUAACAGACGAUGGUGCUUCAGCCAUAUCGAUUCCAGUCUCUCGAUCCCGAGACAAGUCCUCUGUUUCUGCUAGUAUUCGAUCUGUACUACAAGGUUCACGUCCAGGGGCACAAGGCAGACAUGCUUUGGCUGCCGCAUUGGUCUCGAGCGACGAAGGUGUGGAUAGUCCAACGUACGAUGGAGAUAUAGAAAGCAGCACUACUGCAGGUCCCGGUCAGGAAGCCGUAUCUCGCGCGUCGUCCUCGUAUGCUGCCAGCAUUGCAUCUACCCUCUCGCCUACCACUCCACCAUCAUCUUUACCUAAUUUCAAACUUGGUCAACGCCCGACCCCUGCCCAUCCUUCUAUUCCCACUGAACCUCCUCCGGUCAUGCCUAUUCCUAUGCGGAGCUCUGGGAACCCCGGUUUUCGGUUACCAAGUUACCCUCUUGACCCCCUCCCGACGCUCCUGGCUCCAAACACCCCAAACACAUUCAAUCCGGCAAACCUAUCGCCUGAGGAUGUACAAAGACAUUUCCGGGAAGAAAUAGACGGGGAGGGUAUCGCUGUUGGCCUUGGUGAAGACCGAAAGGUGUACAAGAUAAAUGAGCCGCCGAAAGAUAGGCCAGUGAGGAUAUACGCUGAUGGUGUAUACGAUCUAUUCCAUUUCGGUCAUGCUCUUCAACUCCGUCAAGCCAAGCUCGCCUUCCCAAAUAUCAUCGUUCCCAACUCUUCUAACGACUCUUCGUCACCUCUAAAAACACCUCCAGCAUCCUCAUCUUCAACCUCCCUGCUAACACCACCUGCCACUUCUACCCCAUCGCCAAAUCAAACUCAGUUCAUUCCAGGAGUAUACCUCCUGGUCGGCGUGAACUCGGACUUGCAAUGCGCACAGCACAAGAGUCGAACAGUCAUGACGCAUGCGGAACGGUGUGAGAGUGUACGGCAUUGCCGAUGGGUAGACGAGGUUGUGCCUGACGCACCAUGGGUGAUCACCGAGGAAUUCUUGCAAAAGUACGAAAUCGACUAUGUUGCACAUGAUCAAGAUCCGUAUGGAAGCGCCGGGCACGACGACGUCUACGCAUACUGCAAAACGCAAGGAAAAUUCCUCCCAACGCUGCGCACACCAGGCAUCUCCACCUCAGACCUGCUCGCCCGUCUCGUCUCUGGGUACCGACACCGAAUCUGGGAUAAGAAGCUGGAAAAAAUGGGUAUGCGAGACUUGAUGGCUGAAGGGAGUGAUUGGGAUGAAAGUCGGGUGGGAAGUCGGGGUGGGAGUGUUGGUGGGGAGAGUGGUGCGGGGAGCGGGCAGGGAAGUCGGGAGGAGAGUCCGGAACGUGAGGCUGCUAAUGGUGACUCAGUGGGCAGGACGAAGACGAAGACGGAGCAGAUGGAGCAGCUUCAAUCAUAGAGUGAAGCAGGAUUCCCCAUCCACAACUACCCCUCCCCUCUAAGAAGAUCAAAAAAAUUCAAGCGUAAGGCUUUGUCGUUAUACACUUUUUACCCUUGCUUUUCUUUUUCCCUUCCAACAGUGCAAGUUUGACGUCACUCACCUUUUAUUUUGUGGAAUAGACGUGUCCACAUACAUACCUCAAUCCACUCGCUAUAUAACGCUUCCCACAAACGUUUUUCCAUUCCCAUUCCCAUCCCUAUUCCCAUCGCCCAUUCCCAUUAACCCGUUCUGCUUAUUCUGCUGUUCUGUUAAAUACUAAUGUAUACUUGCUACACCAGCCAGACACUGUAUUCACUAUAUUCACUAUAUACAAGACACCGAAGAAAGUAGUGUACGAACUCUCUGAUAUACAUUUGUAGUGUACUCAUGUGUCUGCGUUGUUUUUUAUGAGAUCUUUUCUUUCAGUUCUGUGUUAACCUUGUAAAUCCCAUGGUCUCGUUAGAAAUUUGGGGAUCGUCAAUGCUGAGAUUGCUUCCGCGCUUG